CAGUUGGCAGGCACGCGCUCCAAGCGGAAAACCGAUCUAAAUGAAGCUUGCUACUUUCUCCCAGAUAUUUAUUUAUUUAGGAUUGUGAGAAUUGCAUUCGCUCCAUCUCUUCUUCUUCCUCCUCGCUCUCUUGCAUCCAUAUCCGUACAGCCACCACCUCCUCGACUCUCUUGCGUUCCAUGUCUGUCCUUGCCUCUUCCUUGUCUCCAAGUUGAGAAACAUACUACAAUUUGUUUUGUUUUGCUUCUUUUUUUUUUGCGGAAAAACAUAGUACUGUACAAUUUGUUAGUAGAAGAAGAAGAAGAAGCGGGAGAGAUGGUUCAUCUGCCGCAGCACCUCGGGAAGCUGCGGCGGGAGGUCAAGGAGGAGGCGGUCGACGCGCCGGCGCCGUUCCACAAGAGGUCCCGCCUUUCUCUGCAGCAAUGGAGCACCGACGGUGCGAGUGUGUCCAAUCAGCAGUCAUCCCAGCAAGAGUUCCUUGAGGAGCCUAGCCCGCUGGGCUUGCGGCUGAAGAAGAGCCCCUCUCUGGUGGAUUUGAUCCAAAUGAAGCUUGUGCAGGCUGGCAAGGCCAAAGAUGUCCAGCAUGGUGGAACUGUCAGUGCCUCAGAGAAAUUGAAGGCUUCCAAUUUCCCUGGUUCUCUUCUAAAAAUUGGAUCUUGGGAGUGGGUAUCAAGGUAUGAAGGAGAUCUGGUUGCAAAAUGCUAUUUUGCGAAGCACAAACUUGUGUGGGAAGUACUGGAUGGUGGUCUGAAGAGCAAGAUUGAGAUACAGUGGUCUGACAUCUGUGCCAUGAAGGUGGUUUCUCCAGAAAACGAACCUGGGAUAUUGGAGAUUGCAUUGUCCCGGCAGCCACUUUUCUUUCGAGAAACCAAUCCACAGCCACGGAAACACACUUUAUGGCAGGCAACAUCUGAUUUCACUGGUGGACAGGCAAGCAUGCACAGGAGGCAUUUUCUUCAGUGCCCACCAGGAAUGAUGAAUAAACAUGUUGAGAAGCUCGUUCAUUGCGACCCACGUCUAUAUUCACUAAGCCAGCAGAACGACAUCAAUUUGGAUAAUCCGUACUUUGAAUCUAAGUCCUCUAUAUUUGAAGACCCGGAGAGCAUAAAGUGCCAAGAUUUUGAUCAUAAAGAUGAUGGCGAUCAGUUAGCCCCCCAAACAUUUACAGAACUGUUACCGCCUCAUUCUGCAUCAGGUAGGAUAGAUGCUGAAGGCAGACAGCAAACAGAAACAACAGACAAGUUACCUCUACAUUUGCCUGGUUCAGUUAGUGGUACCCAAGUGAUUAAACAAGAUGCAGCUUCUGGUGAUUGCGAACAGCCAGAAAGCAUCUAUAGUUGGAACGGUAUCAAGGUGCCCGGGAUAAGGCGCUCCAUGUCCAAAAGCGAGGUUGCAAAUCACAUCGGGAAUCAUAUCUACAGACACAUGUACUCAGGGAACCUGCCUGCAGUUCAUCGUGGCGAUCCCACAUCAAGUAAAGUAAAACUAGACGGGAUCACCAGAUUCCUGCUGGGCAGCUCUCAGAUAAUCGACAGUGGCGAUGGCGCAACGGGUAAACUGACAUUCGAUGAGCUUACCAAACAACUCCUGAAUGAUUCCCAGAUAACCAACACAGCUGAUGAAAGAAUGCUUUUGACAAGGGUGAACUCCCUCUACAGCCUGAUUCAGAGAGAUUCAGGCUCAGGUCAGACAAAGCCCAGCAGCAGCAGCAGCAUUCCUGGUGACAAUGAGAUGCAGGAUAGGAAGCCCCAGACCUCUGGAAGCAAUGCCUCGUUGCCGCCGAGGCAAGAAUCGUCUGGGGAUCUCUUGACGCACCUGCCGCGCAUCUCAUCGUUUCCUCACUUCUUGUGAGUUCUCUGACGGAGCAACUGUGCAGGCGGAUUAGCUUCUCUUGGGAUACAUAAUAUUUGGCUUCACAACUCUUGCUUGUAGAAAAAUUUGCCCGGAAAUUUGACCCCCUUUUCUUCUUACUUUUCUGUACAUAUAUAGAUAGGAUUACUGUAGCAUGUAAGUAAGCUCGUUUGGUUCCAAAGGGCAAAUGCAUCAGUAUAUAUAUUCCCGUCGAUAAUUCGAUAUGAUCCAUCCUAAUUUAUAAAUUUCCUACUCGUAGAGAGAGUGCAUUU